AUGUCUUCUGCUCAUGUCACUGCCCCUGGCGUCCCAAUGCCUAGCAAGAAACUUCUUUCAGUCCGACCUGAUGAACACUCGACAGAUGUUCUCAACCCAUUCAAUCCUAUCAUCAUUCUGCUCGCGACUUGGCUCGCACAGGCUGCGCCAGGCGGCCUCAAAGAGGCCAUCGAUUCAGCCAAAAAGAAGCUCCCCGGCGUCAUGGACAAGGUGCCAAUCCGCAACGAGGGCGACUUCCUCAAGUUCGCCAACGACCUCCUCACCUGGGUUCCGCACGAGAACUUCGAAGCCAGAAACGUCUACGACGUCCUCGGCCUCUUCUACCUCAUCCUCGACCAGCCGCCGCUCAUCGACCUGCAGACGGCGGUCCGCCCGGACCAGCUGGGGCAGGACCUGACCUGGCUCUCGUCCUGGCUCGUCGUCUACGCCCAGCUGGUCGGCCUGCACAUGGACACGCCCGCGUCCCUCACUCCGCAAUCCCUCAAAACCUUCGCGGACUCCCCGCCCUACAACUUCGGCGAGGCGCUGGUGCCCGACCGCGGCUUCCGCACCUUCAACGAGUUCUUCUCGCGCCGCCUGAAGCCCGGCAUGCGGCCCAUCGCCGCGCCGCUCGACGACACCGUCAUCGUCUACCCGGCCGACUGCACGUACACCAACGAGGUCGGCAACCCCAACGCCUUCCCCGUGCAGGCCGGCGGCGUCGUCGACGUCAAGGGCGUCAAGUGGAGCAUCGGUGGGCUGCUGCGCGGGACCAGGUACGCGGGAGCUUUCGACGGCGGCGUCUGGAUGCACGCCUUCAUCAACACGUUCAACUACCACCGCCAGCACGCGCCCGUCGGCGGCACGGUCCUCGAGGCGACCAACAUCCAGGGCGCCGUGUACACCGAGGUCGACGCCAAGGGCGGUGGUGACCCAACAUCCCCCAUUAACUCGAAGGGUCAGGGUCAGGAGCUCGAGAUCAUCGACCCGCCCGGCUUCCAGUUCCUGCAGACGCGCGGCCUCGUCGUCAUCGACAAUCCGGUCGUGGGCCUGGUCGCCGUGCUGCCCAUCGGCAUGGCCCAGGUUUCGGCCGUGCGGCUGUCCGUCCGCAAGGGCGACGUGCUGUGCAAGGGCGACGAGAUCUCGUCCUUUGCCUUCGGCGGGUCCGACAUCGUGUGCGUCUUUCAGCGCCGCGCUGGCUUGAGCGUCGAUGACCUCUUUCCGUCUCCGGAGGGGACGUACUCGAGGUACGGCACCAUGCUGGCGCGGGCGAGGCCGCGUGGAGGGAAUAAGGGUGGGGCGGAGAAUGGGGGGGACUAG